AUAGUUAUCGUAGUUAUCGUUAGUUAUCACUUUAGUUUGUUAUAUUUAUAGUUAUUAUAGUUGUCAUUACAGUUAUGGUUGUUGUUGUGAAUGGGCAUUAAACCACAUGAAUCCAGCAGGAAGCUGCUCUUUUGCUCCUGUUUGAUUCUUUGGUGAUGUUUGGUUUGAUCGGAGUGAUUCCUGUCAGAGAGAGUCUGAGGGACCAUCUGAAGAUCACCUGAUCUGACCUGAGGUCAUGUGACGAGGUCAGACCGUCGACCCAGAUGCCAGACGGAAGGCAGAGGUGCAGAAGUCUGGAUUUCACGUGCGAGCGCGUUCAAGUUCAAGUGUGACUGGAGUGUUUUGUUGUGUGUGUUUGGCAGCUGCGAGGGGGGCGGCCGUGUUUGAGUGAUGGUGUGGCAUGGGAAAGUCACCCUCACGCCACUGUGAAAGAGACGCGCAGCGCCACGGGGCGGAGGAGGGGCAGAUGGCUCUUCAGACGGGGCAGAAUGAUGGGGCAGGGGCAGUUAUGGAGGGUGUGUUUUUCGGGGGGUGGGGUGGAGCAGCAUUGUGUGGCUGUUUUGGGCUGAUGGAGGGGUUUUGUGUGUGUUUGUGUGAGUGCUUCUGAAAGAGCCAUCAAUCAGAUGCCUGAAAGUCAAGUUUAAGUUCAGUGGAGAUGAAUCACUUUGAUUUAAGACGCUCUAAAUCCAACCAGAACCACCAACCUGCACUGAGAACUGAUACUGCUGUUUGUGCUUUCAUUGGGUGUUUGGUUCUGUUUUUUAUGCUUCAACCAAGAACAAAUAUCUGCCAAUGGGUCAGAAGUGGAUUCACUUGUUUUCCUUUGAAUUAAGUUUAUUUUUCUGACCGCAUCUUUUGAUCUGUUUUAUGAAUGAACUCAACUUGUUUCUUAUUAAACAAGAUUUCUUAUCUUGUGUUAUUUUGCUUCUCCAUUACAUGAAUAUGAGUAACAGUUUUCCUCCAUCAGGAUUUCAUCAUCCCCCAUGAUGCAUCAUCAUCAUCAUCAUCAUCAUCAUCUUCAUCAUCACGAAUAGUUCGUAAGCAUCAGUUCCUCUCAGUUUAAUCAGACGGAUCAGUCUCUGUUUUAUUCCUCAUCAUCAUGUUCUCCUGCUCUUGUCCUGCAGGUUUGGGUGGAGCUUCAGAGUUGGCCUUCAUCAAAGAACCCAGUGAUGUCAUCGCCGUGAGGGACCGCCCCCUCAUGCUGGACUGUCAGGUGGAGGGGGAGGGGCCUAUCACGAUUACCUGGCGGCGGAAUGGCGUUCCGGUAGCUCUCGGAGGCCGAGCAGCCGUGCUGGAUAACGGGACCCUCCUGAUCCGGAACUUCCAGAAGCGGCGCGACGGUGACGAGAGCGAUGCGGGCGAGUACGACUGCGCGGCGCAGAACCGAUACGGGCUCCUCAUCAGCCGCAAGGCGCACGUCCAGCUGGCCUCGCUGCCCAAGUUCCACACGCACCCGGAAUCCAUGAGCGUGGACGAGGGCGGAGUCGCUCGAUUUCACUGCGCGGUCAGCGGCGUCCCCGAGGCCAACAUCACCUGGGAACGAAACAGAACGGCUCUCAGCGCCGAUGAUAUCAGGUACACUCUCCUGCCCAACGGUAUCCUGCACAUCACAGGAGUGCGCCGGACUGACAGCGGCGGGUACCGCUGCGUCGCUAAAAACAUCGCCAACACUCGCUACAGUCACGAGGCCCAGCUGUCAGUCACAGUUGCAGCGAAUCGUCUCUAUAAGGAGCCGGUGAUUCUGUCCGGGCCUCAGAAUCUCACUCUCAAUGUUCACCAGACGGCCAUCUUGGAGUGCAUCGCCACUGGGAACCCGCGGCCCAUUGUGUCCUGGAGCAGGCUGGACGGCCGCUCUAUCGGUGUGGAGGGCAUUCAGGUGUUGGGCAGCGGGAACCUCAUCAUCUCAGACGUGUCUCUGCAGCACUCGGGUGUCUACGUCUGCUCCGCUAACCGACCCGGAACCAGAAUGAGGAGAACCGCGCUGGGACGACUGGUGGUGCAAGCUCCUCCUGAGUUCCUGCAGUGGCCGCAGUCUCUGUCGAAGCCGGCGGGCAGCAGUGCUGUCUUCACCUGUCAGGCUCAAGGCGUUCCCGAUCCGCACCUGAUCUGGCUGAAGAACGGCAAGAUCCUCACGCCGGGAGACAACGUCAAACUCAGCAACAACAACAGUACUCUGGCUGUGACGCGCAUCACGGCCGAAGACGAGGCCAUUUAUCAGUGCAUCGCCGAGAACAGCGCCGGAACCAACCAGGCCAGCGCUCGCCUCGCCGUCUCUCAGUCCGUCGAGCUCCCAGAAGCCCCUCAGGACCUGACGGCCAUGCCGCUCUCCACCAGCUCCCUACGGAUCCGCUGGAAGCAGCCGGAGCCGCACGUCACCGACGGCAUCAUCGGAUACGUGCUGCACAUCCGCAAACUGGGCGAGCCGGACAGCAGCGAGCUCCAGGAGGCCGUGAGCAAAGACACGUUCCAGCACGACUUCACUAACCUGGAGUCCUCCACCACCUUCUCCAUCUACGUCAAAGCGUAUUCCCCGCUGGGAGCCAGUCAGCAGUCCAGGAGCGUCGUCGCCACCACACUCGGAGCCGUUCCCACAAUGCCCAGUUUCUUCACGAAGGUCCUGAACAGCACAGCGAUGCAGGUGUUCUGGGAUCUUCCCGCUAAAGCAGGGCGUGUGGAGGGAUAUAAACUGUCUCAUCGGAUGCUGCCGCAGCAAGAGUUCAGACACGAAGAGCGCUUUCCUGCCCACAUCAACACACACACCAUCUCUAACCUGGAAGCCGCAGCGGUGUAUGAGAUUCAGCUCAUUGCCUUUAAUGGUAACGGCGACAGCAUCGGCAACAAGCGACUCGUCUCAUUGGCCGAGACUGAAAAGAGCGGGAAAGAUGCAGCAGCAGGACAGACUCUGUGUAACUGCCGUCAGGAUGGCGAGGGCUCCAUGACGGGAUUGGUGGUCGGGAUCCACAUCAGCAUGGCCUGCAUUAUAUUCUGCGCUCUCUUCCUGAUGUUCGGCUACCGUCACAGUUUCUUCUGUCAUAAAGGUUCUCCGGGUAACUGGAGUCUAUCAGGAGGACAAACCGCAGAUAAAGACGUCACCAUCCGCACGGCUGACGCCAUCGAGCUCACGUCACGGGCUGGUGCAGCAGAGCGUCAGGCGGCGGUUCCUCAGUGUCAGGUGAUGAUUGAAGCACAACCUCUCGGCCCGGCGGACACCGGCACCGGAUGAAGCAGCUCCCCCCCCCCCCCCCCCUUCAGCUGCACAGCGUCUGUGUCUCUCUCACCAAAGCCUUACUCCCCUGAACUCAGUCACACAGUUCAGUGCCUCUGAUGACGAGCGACACACGGAUCUGUUCCAAACCCUAGUGUGCUACAUAGGCAGCAUCCUGACCGUCAUGCAACAUCAUAAGAGACUGAUUAGGAGUUUGACAUCCAGCAUGUUGAUGCAUAAAUACACACACAUAUAUAAAAGUGUCUGCCAAUGCAUGAAUGUAAAGGACACGUGAUGCUGCUUCAGAAUGAGGUAAACGAGGUGUCUUAGAAGGCAGCUGAAUUACUCCUAACGACGUGAUCAGCGUGUGUGUGUGUGUGUGUGUGUGUGUGUGUGUGUGUGUGUGUGUGUGUGUGGGUUUGGAACAGAGCCGCUGCCGACUGUUGACUUAAACCACAUCAGAGUUUCCAAACAAACCUCAAACGUAACGUCACUAACUACAAUAACAAACUGAACUUGAUCCUGUUAAACCAAAAAUGCGUGUUCUGUGUGACUGAACAGAUGAUCAGUGAUUGGUCAUUAAUAAUUCACCGCAUUAGCCUGUGUGCAGCUGAAGACUCCGCCCCCUUCCCAAAACCCCUCCCACUCCGUCCAAAGAGCCGUGCCUCAGUCUGACCGUCCGCCUGCUGCUGCUGGGAAAACGUUCUACCUCAACCACACGCGUCUUCAAACGGGUCCUCCUCGGGUCCGAGCGGAUGCCAGUGAGAGUCUGACCUCUGCCGAAACUUUUGCCGUUUUACGAGACUCUUUCUCGUCUGAAGAAGCUUCUGUGAAAGUUGAGGGACGUCCAAAGAUCUUCUGCUUCUCUUUCCUUUCUUCACACUGAUGUUUCCUUUCAGUCAUGUGGGUUUGAUUACUGAAGCCCGUUUCUGCCACAAAAGAAAAAUCAUGCUUUGGUAAAUCGUAAUUAUGACUUAAAAAGUCGAAAUAUAUUACAUACUAUCUCGUAAUUAUGAGAUUAAAAAGAUGAAAAUGAGAUAAAAAGUGUAAAAAGCUUUUACAUUAUAAUCGACAUACUGUAAAACAAAAUUAUCAUAAUUAUGAAUUAGUAUGUCAUGACUUUUUAUGUCAUAGUUUCAACUUUUUGUUAUAAUUAUGAGAUUAAAAAAAUCAU